CGUCAAGAUCCGUCAGGGGGCCACGUUUAGGACGGCACCUCCUCUGACAGCGGUGAAUCUGUGACUGUUUUCUGUUAUCGGAAAGCCCAGCUUCCUGGUGCGGGGUCAUGGCUCUGAAGCUGAUCCAGAGGUUUCCGGUGCUCGGGCAGUUCGGGUUUCAGCGUUACCCCCUUGUUGGAGCUGUCUGCCCCUCCAGGCUCCAGGGCUCCAGCAGGGUGGGUCGGCCCGAAUGCGUGGCCUGCUUAUUCACCUCAGCGGGCGGCUGCAUCCGGACACAGGGCUGCCGCAAGCUCCAGGAGGACUGCGGGAGAAGGAGCCUGACCACCACCAUCAUCAGGGAGCCGUCCUUCGUCGCUUCUAGCUCCGUUGGAAUCCACAGAGACUCGGGGCCUCGCUUCCGUCUGACUCAGCUCCACAGACCCGCGGAUGCGGAGGAGGAGUCUUUUCAGAACCGCCUGGCGACCUGCUCCUCAUCCCGGCAGGUGUUCUCACUGCUGCGCUCAGUGGAGCUCAUGUCUGACACCAUGGCUGCAGCAGCACUUCACCGUGUUGCGGACCUGGAGCAGCUUGGAAACUCACUUAAGGAUCCUUCGGUGCUAGAAAAUGACACAAUCAGAGCUCUGUGCUUCCAGUUGGAGCAGGACUCCCGGUGGCUGACUGAUGCAGGGGUGGUGUCGGCUCUCUGGGCUUGCACGCGCCUCUUCUUGGAUCCUUGGAGCACGCUGAUGGUGCGACUGGUGUCAGAGAGCCAGGAGAGGUUAGACAGAGGGGAGAUGAGUGUAGGGCAGCUGUGCACUCUAGGUCGGGCGAUGCUGGCUAUGAAGGGGCCUGGCUGUGUGAUGCUGCGGCAGGUGAUGGCGCAAAUCCAGAAGGAGAAACCUUCCCAGUGGAACAUAGCCGAUCUCGUCGCCGUUUAUAGACUUUUGCAAGGUGGUGUGGCUGAAAAUGGAAAAUACAGGGACUUGCUGAAUGCCAUGCACGUGCACGCCGUGACAGUCUACUCCCACAUGGAUCCAGCUGCUGUCAGCGGGCUGCUCAGCGCUCUCGUGACCCUGAAUCAGACACAGGCCAUUCCUCUCAUGAUCAAUCUUUACAAACAGGCCGUUCUGCAUGUACCUCACUUCAGUGAUGAGGAGCUCACUGUUGUCCUUGGUGCACUCAUGCACUUUGGUCACAAUGAUCAUUUCUUCGUUGAGGCGAUGGAGAGGCGUGUACCCUCAAUUGUCUUCACCUCCCACCCCGAGACGGUUACCAAAGUGAGCGAGUUCUUUGGCCGGAGGAAUAUUCUCUCCCCGAUUGUGAUGGACGCAAUUGCGGAGAGUUUUGUCUACCGGGCGGACGACUACAGCACCAGACAGGUGGCGACGCAGAUCGUGGCUCUGGGAAAGCUCGGCUACCUCCCGCCAAACGCCGGCGAUGUAUUCAGGAAAGUGGAGAACAUCCUGCACUCACGCUUUUCACACUUCCAGCCUCGAACGCUGCUCAACCUGCUGCACUCCUGCACCCUGGUGGAGAGGUUCCCUGUGAACUUUGUGGCCAAGGUUUUCAGCAGCUACUUCCUCCAGCAACUGCAAGAUCAGGGCACAGGAAUGGACCAAGUCGUCCUGGCACAGCUGACCCAGCUCUACAUAACCCUGAAGCUGGAGUGUCCUUUCUAUGAGGGUCCCAGACUCCUCCCAAAGUACCGUGUGAAGUCCUUCAGGUCUGCACACUCUCUGGAGACGCUGGUCGACAUGCAUCUGUACAACGCUGUAAGAAAGAGACUUGUGGAUUUGCUCGGGGAUCGUGUAUACUUUGGAUCCAAAGUUCUGACACCGUACUGCUACACACUCGACGUGGAGAUAAAACUGGACAAAGAGGGAUAUGUGCUGCCUGCCAGGCAAAGUGAGGAUGUAUACAAAAGGAUUGCGCUUUGUAUUGAUGGACACAAGAGAUUCACUACCAACAAGAGACAACUACUUGGAAAAGAGGCCAUUAAGCAGCGACAUCUGAGGCUUCUGGGAUAUGAAGUUGUCCAGAUUCCCUACUAUGAAUUUGAUGCGCUGCAAAGCAAGAGCAGCGCAGUGGAUUAUCUGCAUCAGAAAAUCUUCCCUCACACUUACAGGCUGAGCUGGUGAUGAUGAAAAUGAAUGUGCCACCUUUCUUCUGCUGAGCCAUUUCUCAUCUGAAGAAAUCUUAUUUAUUUUUCUAGUAACAGGUGAUACU